GUCACCAGCAGCCGCCGCGAUAGCAGGGCAUCUGGCGACAGCGUUUCGUGAUGGCGGCGCCCCAAUUUCCACUCGACCCAGCGCUUGCCGCGCUCAUCAUCGUCGAGUACGACGGCGAUCGCAACGCAAACCAUUGCUUCCAUGGCCAUGGCCACGCCACGUUUGUGAACGGGCAAGUGUACGAGGGUGAGUUUUGCGACGGGCGAAUGCACGGACGCGGGCGGUUGGAGUGGCCCGACGGCGUCAUGUACGAAGGCGAUUUCGAAUACAACGAAAUCUCUGGCCAAGGGAGGUACUUGUGGCCAGACGAGAGCUGGUACGAAGGCGCGGUCAAAGGGGGAAAGCGCCACGGCCACGGGUUCUUUCAGAGCAGCAACAAGAUUACGACGUACGAAGGCGAAUGGAUGGAUGGCAAACAACACGGCGUCGGGCGCAUGGUGUACGACGAGUUCAACGGAAUCGAGUACGACGGCGAGUGGAAGGCCGGUGUGCGGGAUGGCCACGGAACGAUGAAGUAUGGGAGCGGCAACGUGUACGAAGGCCGUUGGGAAAACGGCGUGAAGUGCGGACAAGGCACCAUGCACUGGUUUGACAAAAUGGAACAGUACCAAGGGGAAUGGAUGGACGACAAGCAGCACGGCUACGGCGUCCAUGUGUGGAAGGCGUCCGAGAAGCGGGGCAACCGGUACGAAGGCGAGUUUGCCGACGGCGUUCGCGACGGCUACGGGAUCUUUCACUAUGCGAACGGCGCGCGGUACGAAGGCCACUGGGACGCCAAUGUCAAGAACGGCCUCGGCCUCUUCUUUUUUGAAGACGGCACGAUCUACGAAGGCGAGUUCGUCCACGAUCGCAUGGUCGACCUGAACGACAACCGGAAACAGUCGUCGGCCGAAGCGAUUCCGACGAUCUUGCUGUACGUGGACGAUCUGUUGCGCGGCGACGAGCGGGAGCGCGCCAAGGGUCUCAAAGCGGCUCAAAACGCCGUGCUUCGCGUGAACACGGAUUUGCGCAACGUGUACCGGCACUACGCGUCGUGCGCUGGCACCACGACGCCGUAUGCGAGCUCGGAGAACAACGUGCUCAUGGAGAUGCGCGAGCUGUGGCGGUUCGCUGUGGAAUGCCGGCUCAAUGCGAGCAUGGGCAAGCUCAACCGAAAGCUCCUCGUCGUGCGGAACGCGCAGAACAAGGCAGUCAAGCGUCUUCGAAUCCAGCGGGAACGAAAGACGCGGACAAACUCGCGGGCGCUCGACGCGAUUGUGACUCCGCGCGAAAAGUGGACCGACGUCCAUGACCCCGAUCGCGUGGUGCUCUUCCGCGAGUUUUGCGAGAUUCUCGUGCGCAUUGCGUGGGACAACGCGCUCGAGCAUGGAGAGGUCCACAUGUCUGUCGCGGAUGCCUUCACCAAGCUGUACGACGAGUAUGUGCAUGAUCACGCGGCGACGCCGAUGGAGCCGAUCGAAGCGCUUGAGAUCCAAGUUCACAGCACAGAGAUGCAAACCGUGUUCAACAAGUACCACGAGAGCCUGGAGAAGGUUUACGUGAAGUAUGUCGCCAAGGACGUCCCGGUCGCAUCCAGCAUGAUGCCCGAGAACGACAUGGCGCUGAGCGUGCGAAGCUUUAUCAAGAUCUUGCAAGAUUUUGGCGUGAUGAAGGAAAUUAGCAUUCGCGACGCACUCAAGGCCAUCCGCAAGGCGUCGGAGGUCGAAAUGAAGGAAUGCCAUGGCGAAGUUGCAGAGCUAUCGCCAACGCCAGAGCCUCCAGCGGAAGACGAGCCGCUCGAUCCGUUUGCGAUGGACGCCGACAUGAUCUACCCCGAGUUUUUGGAGAACCUGACCAAGAUUGCACUCGUGAUUUGCCCGCGCAACCUCCCACUCCCCGUGAUCACGGCGCAGUUCAUCAAGUCCAAGUUCGACGACGUCCUCUUCCCCAAGCAGGAGAAUCGUCGCCGCAGCACCAUGAGUUUCCACCGCGUCUAAGUUAAAGAUGGAUUUGUAUGCGGCGAAUUCUGGAUGGUGCAUACUUACUGGGC